UCAUUUCUUUCAGGAAUAUAAACAACAAACACACCAACCAGUUCAGAAAGGCAUAUACAUACAAUCACGACUCCAAUCGAAUCAAUUUUUCUCUGCAAAAUUCGUGGACUUGUCAAAUGGCGAGACCAUGUCAAGAAGCGAUCGAUACCUUUACGAGCAUCACAGGCGUACCCGAGGCUGUCGCCGUGCAAAAGCUGGAGCCUCCAAUAUGAUGGUCGAUUCUUACUGGUGUCAGGAGCAUGGUGGAGAUCUCAACGAAGCUGUUAAUGCACAUUUCACUGGAGGAGAUAUAAGCACCAUGAAUGAAAUAUCUGCACUUGCUCCUCAAAAUGAUGCCAUGGACAUAGAUGAAGAUGUCCAAGUUGGGUUCCGGGAACCUCCUUUCACAAUUCUACCUUCUGCUAGGAAUUUGAGUCCCUUCUCUCUUCUUGAUCCUGACUUCCACAGAGGUUUAUUUGAUAGUGGUACCAAUAUUACGAGCCGUGAACCUUUCGUGUCGCAUCCAAGGGAAGUGAGGGAGAUUCCCAUUGAGGUCAAGGAUGGGGAUGAACAGUCAGGUGGUUCUGACCUGGCACCUACAAUAGAGGAUGUUACUGGAACUGCUUUUGCACGAGGCCCAGAAAACCAAGGGACUGUAAUAAUUGAUAAUGAUGACGAUAUUUCCACUGCUCCAUCUGGACAGAAUGAUCAAAAUGAUGGGUUUCUAGGUUAUAAUCCUCGUGGCACUUAUCCUAGGCCAAGUGCCCCGGGAAUUGAUGAUUUGCCUUACUACAACAAUGACAUUGAAGAAGAAAUGGUUCGAGCUGCUAUUGAGGCUUCGAAAAGGGAUCGAUCAUUUGGUGCUCAUGAUGACUUGAGCAAUCCGGUUAUUCAGCAAAGGCAAUCUCGCCUAGAGGAUCCUGAACUUGCUCAGGCAGUUUCCUUGUCAUUGAAGACAGCGGAGCAGGAAAAAACUUCGCUCGAGCUGGGGGGGAAGGUUGGAGCAGCAGAACUAGAAGCUUAUAAGUCUACAGAGGUGGGUGAUAUUGGGAAAUUGACGUCAUCAAAUGAAAGACUGUCUAGGUUGGAUGUUGGAAGCUCAUCUAUCCAAGAUGAAGCUGAGGAUGUAGAAGAGCAGCCUCUGGUUAGGCACAGGAGCAGGCGAGUGUCUUAUGCCUCUAUUAACUUUGGCAAAGAAAAUGAAGAAGCAGAAGUUACCCCACCAUCAAGUCCUGGACAAGAUGAUGAUAUUAAUCAUCCACCAACCAAUAUAAUUGAUCCCCCUACUGACGAGUGGGGGGGAAUGUCGUCCGAGGAACAUGAUGAAGCAAUUAUGCUUGAGGCUGCACUCUUUGGUGGAAUUCCUGAAGGGAGCGGAUACCGUUUUCCUUUUGCACCUCAUCGGCUGACGCAGGAUGGGUUAGAUAGAACCUCUGGCUUUUAUCCCCAGAGGAUACCUCGCUCCCCAUCGCCUGGUCUAACUGCUCAACGGUUGAUUAGGGAGCAACAGGAUGAUGAAUAUCUUGCGUCACUUCAAGCUGAUAGAGAAAAAGAACUGAAGACAAUGGAAGAAGCUGAAGCUCGGCGUUUGGAAGAGCAAGCAGCUAGAGAAGCUGCUCUUGAAGUAGAAAAACGAAAGGAAGAAGAGUUGCGUAGGAAAUUGGAGGAAGAGCAGGAGAUUGAGAGACAACUAGCGGCAAAGGAAGCUUCCCUUCCUCAAGAACCAACCUCAGACAAUGAGAAUGCUGUAACUCUCCUAGUGCGGAUGCCAGAUGGAAGUCGUCAUGGUCGCCGGUUUUUGAAGUCUGACAAACUGCAGUCCCUUUUUUACUUCAUUGAUGUUGGUAGAGGUGUCAAGCCUGGCAGCUAUAGAUUGGUGAGGCCAUACCCUAGGCGUGCUUUUGAUGAUGGGGAGAGUGCUUCGACUCUGAAUGAACUAGGAUUAACCAGCAAGCAGGAAGCUCUUUUUCUAGAGUUGAUUUAGCGUGGCAAGCAGGAAGCUCUUUUUCUAGAGUUGAUUUUGCGUGGUACUCCGAUAAAGCUGUAAAAAAAAAAAAAAAAAAUCGCACUCAGGAAAAUGUUGGAUAAUUGGUUACACAUGAAUUGUUGGAUAAUUGGUUCUUUUAUGGUAUUUGGUUGGAAUAGGUGGUGACAGCAUUGUUCUGGCCAUUGGGGAGGGACUUUUUUGAUGGACGAGUGUGCAUUUGAUUUUCCUGAUGGAUUGAUUGAUGGGAAUGGCGUUGUAGUUGUAUAACUGGGAUGGAAAUCUUGUUUCAGUAGCCUGUUCUUGUAGAUCCAGUGAUUAAAAA